GCUUUGAAUUUUAGAGUCUGACCGCUUCGCUUCUUUUCGCGCAUGCGCUUUGUAAAUGAAAUGUGACCUUAAUGUUUAGGUUCAGGGGUCUUCUGUGUCUUCGUGCUCCGAGUCCAAUCAGCCCUCGUAGUUCGGGUCAAGUUCAAAAAUCUUCUCAUUCCAUGGAUUUAGGAUCUCUUCGGAAAAACUAUAGGGACGAUGAAGAGGCCUUUGAGGAGAAACAUCUCACCUCCCUUAAUCCCAUUAAACAAUUCUCUGCAUGGUUUGAAGAGGCCAUGAAGUGUCCCUCUAUUGGAGAAGUCAAUGCUAUGUGUUUAGCCACUUGUACCAGGGAGGGGAGACCUUCUGCUCGGAUGCUGCUUUUAAAGGGAUUUAACGAGAAAGGCUUUCAUUUCUUUACCAACCAUGAGAGCCGGAAAGGAAGGGAACUGGAUUCCAACCCAUUUGCUUCAAUGGUCUUCUAUUGGGAGCCUCUUAAUCGCCAGGUACGGAUUGAAGGCUCUGUAGAAAGGCUUCCAGAGCAGGAAUCAGAGAAAUAUUUUCAUUCGCGUCCAAAAAGUAGUCAAAUUGGGGCUGUUGUGAGCCGUCAAAGUACAGUGAUUGCAGACAGAGAGUAUUUAAGGAAGAAGAAUGCAGAACUAGAUGAGAUAUAUCGAGAUGCCAAAGUGCCUAAGCCUGCAUACUGGGGAGGCUAUGUCUUAAAGCCAGAAGUCAUAGAGUUCUGGCAGGGCCAGACCAACCGUUUGCAUGACCGCAUCGUCUUCCGACAUCUCCAGGACAGCGGCACAUCCUUGGACCCUAUGACUCACAGAGGGGAGGGCAACUGGGUAUAUGAGAGACUCUCUCCUUAAAACAGCUUGCAGGAUUUGUCUUUAAAUAUACACGGCAACAUCUCUGAUCCCAACCCUCCCCUGAGACAGAGCAGAUGAAGAACCAAGAGGAUAAAAUCCUGGAUCUGCAGUAAGAAGACCUGGAUUCAGAUUUCUGCCAACCAUAAGUAACUUUGGGCUAGUCCUUAACUAUCCAUCUAUUUCAUGUCACAGUUUUUGUGAGGACAAAUUUAGAGUUUCUUCAGUGCAGACUCUCCUGAGGUCAUGUAAGAAUGGAGGAAUCUUAAUGAAAAGGAUUGAACUCUCAACAAUCAUCCCCCCCCCCGCCCCCCGAAAAAAAAAAUACUUUCCAGAGAUGGGUAGUAGUACUGGUGGGUGAACAUAACAGUGUUCUGGAUCCUGGCUGGUCCAGAACAAACAGAGUAGCCUAGUUUUGUAGUUUAUGUUUUGCAGUUAAAUCUAUAUAAAUCUGCAUUCAGUUGUAAUAGAUAAACUGGAUUUGGUUUUCAAAAACAUCAUUACAUUAUCUAGGACAGAGGUCCCCAACCUUUUGGGCACCAGGGACCAGUUCCGUGAAGAAAGGUUUUUCCACGGACUGGAGGGUUCGUGGUUUUGUGUGCUGCCUGUAUCCCAUGGAUGGGGCUUUGUUUGUUUGUGUGGACUGGUUGCUGGCAUGCUGUGGCCCGCUACCAGUCCAUGGACUGGGGAUUUGGGACCCCUGAUCUAGGAUAUUAAAAGCCUUCUGUACUAGAGAGGCAGUUUGAUGCAGUGGUUAAAGUGGUUUCUGAGCCAGAAACUAGGAGAAACCAAUGGGUGACUUGGUGCUAGUCACACUCAGUCCUAGGAAGAAAGCAGUGGAAAACCAUAUCUGAAAAUGUUGCCAAUAAAAAUGCAUAGACUUGUCCAGGCAAUCCCUGGAAGUCAGGAUUGACUGGAAGGUGUUAAAAGAAAAAAAAAUCAAUUCUAAAGCACCUGCACAUAAUAUGCCUUUUGACUCAACCCAGCAGUUAAGGUGCAUUGCAAGCAAUAUGGACUCUGGGCCAUGAUUAUAACUAAUGGAAAAACAAGAUCAGAUUAUUAGUGUCAAAUGCAGCAAUUGGCAUUUAUAAAAUAAACAAGACUACAAUAAGCUGUAGUACAAUAAGAUAUAAGAAUAUCCGGGGUGGGAAAAGCAACUGAAAGGUCGGUGUUUUUGCUGCUGAACUUUCACUGCCUAUGUUUUUAAACUUUUCAACCUGUAAAACUUUUCAAUCUUUCUCACUAGAAUUGCUGAAGAUAGAUCACAGUUUCAUACCACUCUGAAUUAAGAAAUACAACACACACACACACACACACACACACACACACACACACACAGAGAGAGAGAGAGAGAGAGAGAGAGAGAGAGAGAGAGAGAGAGAGAGAGAGAGAGAGAGAGAGAUAGAGAGAGAGUAAUGUAAACCCUAAAAUAACUAUAGCAUAGUUUUUAAAAAGGAAGUCUUCUCAAACCCAGAAAAAGCAGGAAUUUCCAACUUUGGCAACAUAUGUGGCAUGUUUCUGUGCGUUUUGCAUCAUCAGCCUGCCAUCUGUAGUCUUCAGCUCUGUGGGAUGUAGCUGUUGGCCACUGACAGUUUAUUCACCCAACUGUGCUUUAGAACAGAGGUCCCCAACCUAUGGGCCACGGCUCACUACUGGGCCGUGACCUCUUGCCCACCAAGCUACAUGAGUAGCUGGGCAGUGCGUGUAUGUGUGUUUCACACACACACAUGCCACCGUUUCUGUGAGUGUUGUGCAGGUGAUAGCACCGCCGCUAGUAUCACACAGGCAAUGGUGUUGCCAUGAACCUUGCACAGGCGGCAGGAGUACUACGAGUGGCAGGUGGGCAGCGGUGCAACACACACAGGUGGUGACAUUGCUACGAACCUUGCAUGGGCAGCAGCAGCAUCGCAAGAGGCAGGCGGCCUGCAGCAUGAGUCUUGCGUAGGGUGGUGACAUGAUUUUUGUGCUGGUGGCGGCAUUGCAGCGGGACGUGGCUCGAGCCUCACACAGGGCGGCAGUGUGAUAUUCAUGCCGGUGGUAGCACCACCACAAUCCUUAUACAGGCUCUGGCUUUGCUGAGAGCCUCACAGGCAUGCUUGCAGCCAUUUGCAUGGUGCGCAUGCUCGCGGCCUGUUUGUGCGUGUCUGUGCAUGUGUGGCCACAUUCACAUUUGGACAUGUGUGUGUAAGGUGCCUCCCCCUCCCUCUCCCACCAGGCCUCAAUCCAAAAAGGUUGGAGACCCCUGCUUUAGAAGAGAGAUGCUUGCUUAAAAAAUAGAGGCAUUGAUGGAUAUCCAAUUCUAUACUUUCUAAUUGUUCCUCGGAAACAAAGAAUAUGCAAGGAUAGAUCUUGCACCUCUGCUUGCAUUGUGGGAGAGGAAAUCUGUCCCAUCUCUCUCCAUCUGCAGAUACCAUACAGAUAGUCCUCGACUUACAACUAUUUAACAAUGUUUCAAAGUUAUGAGCCUUAGAAAAAAAAUGACUCAUGAUCUAUACUUGCACUUAACUACCAUCACACCAUCCCCAAGUCAAAUAAUUGCAAUUCAGAAUCUUAGCAACCAACUCAUAUUUAAGACUGGUUGCAGCAUCCUGGGGUCACAUGAUUGCAAUUUGUGCUCCCCCCCCCAAAGUUCUGGCAAAAACGUCCAUUGGAGAAGCUGGAUUCUCUUAGUGACUGCUGAAAAAAAUUAUUGUAAAAUUGGAUCCUACUUGACCUACCUCCACAAUGACUUACAACAAAAAUUCCUGCCCCAAGUAUGGUUGUAUGUUGAGGAUUACUUGUGUUGCCUCACUCAGAAUGCUUUCCAAGAGUUUUUCAGUAAUGUUGGAAGUUACAACAAGAAAGGUGGGGGCUGGAAAGCUUCAUUUUCUGAACAAUUGUGUUCAAUUGCAUAGGAAGAAUUAAAAUCACAAUUACUGAGUCUAGCUUGCACUAAUAGUUAAAAAGGAAACCUGAUUUUGUCUCUUGAUGCAUUGUCCACUAUAAUAAGCACCAUGUAUGCUUUUGUUUUCAGAAAUGUGAUUCUUUUAUCCUAGAACUGGAUGUGCAAGUUCUACAUCAGCAAGCAGUUAUUGUGGAUUAGACACAGGGGGUUGUGUGCACUUUGUGUUAAUGUUAUUUGUAAAAAAAAUAUUUAAGUGGUGUUAUUACAUUAAUAAUUGUUGUUCUGUCUGACUGACCUAUCUUUGUGCUCUUAUGUACUUAAUUGAUUUUGUGACUAUGUACAUUUGGACAAUAAAAGUUAGUGAAUGAUAGUUGAAGGUGAGCAUAGUUUAAUAUUAACUUUGUCCUGUUUUAUUGCUUUCUUAAUUUUCUCAGUACAGAAAGAUGAAUCUUCUGUAUUUCAUAUGCUCUAAGAUAGAUCUGGACAUUUUAUGGCCCAUGGGUCACAUCUGGCCCUUUAACUGAAGCAGGGGAGGCAGCAGCAGCUUUCCACAACCCAUUUCUCAUGCGGUCCUUUGAGAAAAUUAAUUGCCUACCUCUGCUCUAGGACCUUAUAUCAACCAGACUCCAAAAUAAAACUCAGCUGGAUCAGCUGCUAUUAACAA